UAUAAGAUUUGUAGCCGACAGACAAACAACAAGAAGUGAAGUUUGCGAGAAGUGUGAUAAAAUAGUUUUGUAUGACUUCAAUCCAUACUACAUCCGUAGCUCUUCCUCAAGAUUGAUUUUGAAAUAGUUCCGAGAGAUCACAAUCGUUUUGAAUUGAAAUAAAGAUCUACACUUAAUCAAGUCUCAAACAAAUGUUUCACCACCGUGGCUCGGUAACAUGGAUUCCAAUGUCCAAUUUGUAUUACGUCCUAGCAAUUUGUGGAACGAUCCUUGUAUUCCUUCAACUUAACUUGGAUCUCAUUAGGAGAGAGUCUCUUGGAUAUUCUGCUCAUCGUCGCAUUAUCCGAAGAGAAAUUAUUUCUGAAGAUAAUGAAGGCGAUUUGUUGAACGUCAAUGAUGAAUUAUUAAUCGAGACGACGAACACUAUUGUAUCUUAUUCAAGACCAACGAUACCGACCGAAGAAGUAGUAGCAGUGAUGGUUUUGUGUGAAGGGACUCCUGAUAACUCGACAAGCGCCCUCACGGACAUCAGUCGCCAGUUUUUUCAGGCCCACGUAGCCAUGAAAUCAUUCGUUUAUUUAUCAAACCAACCAGUGAAAUUCAUAAUUGUGAGCGAUUCUCGAAAUGUAUUCAAGAAGAUCAAAGCUUUAAGCGAGGCGUGGCCACCUGAACAGCAAUCGAAGUUAACACUCCAGUUUGUUAGCAACUUCUAUCCAGACGAAUUUAAGCAAUUGGAGAAGCUGUUCCGCCCUUGUUCUUCUCAACGACUUUUUGUCGACCAAGUCUUGCCGGAAGAAGACGCGGUAAUUUACAUAGACACUGACGUGAUCUUCAUGCGGUCGCCCGUGCAGCUUUGGAACGAGUUUAAGCGCUUUGACGAUAAACAAAUGAUGGCCGCAGCUGCACCCGCGUGGACGUCUGUAAAAAGGAAGGACGAUGCAGCACAAGUAUUACUCUAAAUUAAAAGACACAAAAAUGACAAUUAAAAUGGAUCUUGGCAAAUUUUAAAACAUGUGAUAUGUUUUAAUCUUGAAUUCAUCUCCCAAGAGACCAUUUGAAUAAUAUUUAAAUUUGUACCUGCCACCAGUACAACGGAAAAAUGCCUCAUUUAACAAAAUAAUGAUUUGAUUCCACUGAGUCAAAUGUAAAAUUAUCACAACUGUCACGGAAAGUUUGACGGACAAAGCUAGUAAUUUCAGCGUAACAAGUUUCAUUUUAUAACAUAACAUAGUGAUCUCGGCGCUA